AUGAAGGACCCUUUCGAGGCAGCCGUGGAAGAGCAAGAGUCGCCGCCGGAGUCGCCCAUUCCUCCCGAGGAGGAUGCCGUGGCUGUUGCUGACGCCGUAGACGGCGAUGAGGAGGAGGCCGACGCCCGGUCGCAGCCCCCGGCCUCCGCUCCUCCGGGCGCACCCGCCGCCGGCGGUGGUGGGAAAGGGAAGGAGGAGGAUGAGGAGGAGGAGGAGGAGAAUAUGGAUGUGGAGUUCGGGAAGCUCCCUUCUGGCGGCGACCCUGAUAAGAUGGUCAAGAUGCAGGCAAUACUUUCCCAGUUUACGGAGGAGCAAAUGAGUCGUUAUGAGUCGUUUAGGAGAUCUGGGUUUCAGAAAGCUAACAUGAGAAGGCUAUUAACAAGCAUCACAGGAAGCCAAAAGAUUUCUAUACCAAUGACCAUAGUGGUGUCUGGAAUAGCAAAAAUGUUUGUUGGGGAGCUGAUUGAGACAGCUAGAAUUGUGAUGACAGAAAGGAAGGAGAGUGGGCCAAUCAGGCCUUGCCACAUUAGAGAAGCAUAUAGAAGACUCAAGCUCGAAGGAAAAAUACCAAAGAGAUCAGUGCCUAGGCUUUUCCGGUAGCAUUUAGGUCAUUGGUGCCUCUGAGAUCACCUUCGUUUGGAAGUUGUAGAUUUCUUGAGAUAUUGCCUCUGAGAUCAACGUUUCUAAUCAUCGUAUAAGAUGUGCUACUGGGAGAUUGGACAUAGAAGGCUGGUACUGUGACUUGCCUUGGUUCGCCACAAGAUUCAUGGUUUUUGUAAAGGCAAAAUUGUAAAUGCUAAGAACUGCUAAAUCUACUUUCCUCAACUGUUCUAUAUUUUGGUCUGGAUGUGCACCGCUUAAUUGCCGUCUGCUAAAAGUCAAAAGGAUUUGGUUCUUACUAACAUAUUUUGCUGCUAAAAUUUGACACUUAAUUUUGUGGUAUAAUUGCCUUGUAGUUUUUCUUUA